AUUCCGUGAAAUGGAACUGAACAUUUAUGGCCGCUAGAUUUCUUGUUUAUUUCAUUAUUUGACGUUCUUUCAUUUUCCGUUGACCCAGGUGGGGAUUGUAAGGAAGGAUCAAUCUCAUUAAUCGACGAUAAACGUUUGCUUAACAAACUGUGAAAUAAAACAUCAAUCUGGAAGUCCUACAAGUUCAACCGGAGGGCGCCGAAAUGACGUCCGUGGCAAGAAGGCAAGAACAGGACGAUUCUUGCGAAUACUCCGAUGCAUCGCAAGAUAUCGAACAAAACAAUUCGGGAAACGAAGGUGGACCUCAGGAGUCUGAUUAUGACUCCCAGGGUAGUGACUCAGAGCACUCAGACAGGGAUCCAGAAAAGCAGGAGACCGAAAAACGUGUGGAUGACGACGAGGACAGGAGUAACCCGCAGUACAUACCCAAGAGGGGGACCUUUUACGAACACGACGAUCGAACAGCUGCCAGCGGUGAAGAAUCAAGCAACACAACAUCGGAGGCGGCGUCCGAGAAGAAGGAGGGGGGCGAAGCGCCCGCGGAGCGCCGCAGGGCGCCGCGCAAGUCCGACACGCUAAACAAGUGGUCGCACGACAAGUACAAUGAGAACGAACAGAUGCCAAAAUCUCGCGAUGAGCUAGUUGCCAUAUAUGGGUAUGAUAUCCGCAAUGAAGAUGCGCCGCCGCACGCGAGACGAAAUAGACGUUACGGCCGCGGGCCGAACAAGUACACGCGCACGUGGGAGGACGAGGAGGCGUACCGGCGGCAGGCGGCGCAGGCGGCGCACAAGAAGCCGCCCAGCCCGUCCGACUUCCCGGACCUCACCGCCGCCAACAGGCCCGGCAGAAAGCCGCGUGCGCCGCGACCGAGAUCCAAAUCUCAGCCGGCGUCGAACGAGUCGUCCGAGAACGGAUCGCAGCUGCGCCGCAACGCGUCCAUCAAAGCGAAGGCCAAGCCGAGACCGGCGCCGGUGAAGGGCAAACCGGUGAAGGACAAAAUGCCACCGCUCGAGAACCUCACCAUCACCGCCACGGUGGUGAAUAAUACUGUGGUUGUUCAUAGCCAAGGAGCGGCCCAGCCGCAGCGGAAGGUGAACGCGGUGGCGCAGCAGAGGCCGGUGCCCACUGAGCUGGGCAAGAAGAAGCCAACCGCACAGAGUCCGCCGAGUAACGCAGCGCAGAAGCAACAGGCGACACAACCGAAACAACAGAGCCAACAGAGUCAACAGCCGCAACAGCCGGCCGGCGGUGCAGAAAGUCGCGGCGGCAGCAAACGGUACAGCAGUCUACGGCAACGUCCGCUCGCCGAGUCGUAUUCGCCGCAACAGCCACAGCAACAACAGCAACAACAACAGCCACAACAGCAACAACAACCACAACCCCAGCAACAACAACCACAGCAGCAACCACAGCCACAGCAACAACAGCAACAAUCGCAACAAUCGCAACCGCAGCAGCAACAACAGAAUCAACAGUACAGACAUCAUGGCGAGUUUGUAUCGGGCGGGAAUCAAACCAACAGCCAGCACCAGGGCAGCCCCGUUCCGCAAAUACACCCUCAGCAGAUGAUGCAUCAGCAAGUGCGUCUCGGCCUGAUGGAGCAGCAACAGAUCGUCUCCCAUCCGCACCACACCAUGCACAACAUGCCGCAACCGCAUAAUAUAGUUUCAGGUCAGAUACAAGCCGCGCAGGGAUACGCACCGCCCGCCAUGAUGCCCGCACAGUAUAUGCAACAAAGCGGCAACCCGCCCGUGUUCGGCGGCGCGAUGUUCCAGCCGCCGCAGUAUCCGCACCAAAUGUAUCCGCAUCAUAAUUAUUCCAUCGCGCAGGGUGCUCCGCCCAGCGGCGUCACGUACUACACGUGCGGCGAGCAAGAGCAGCCGGCGCGCGCGCCGCGCCGCCCCACUGCCGCCAUACCGAUCGUGCGCCCGGACCGCCCGGAGCGCCCGGACCGUCCGGAGCGGCCGGAGCGGCCGGACCGACCGGACAGACCGGACAGAGCGGCGAAUUCUACGGAGAAAGAUAACAUCGAUAGAAUCGUUGAGAACAUGUUCGUGAGGAAACCCUGGCCAGCUACGCACGGCGCGGAUUCAAAGGAGAAAGAAAGGAGUUCGCAAGACCCGCCCAGCAGAGAGGUGUCGCAGCCGAACAGUCUCACAUCCAGUUCCAUAUCCACUGACUCCAAGGAAGAGAAGAAGAAAGACGGCGAGAAGGAGAGCCAGAAGGACAGAGAGAGCCAGAAGGAGAGUCUGGAGAGGGAGGAGAGGAAAGCUAGCGAGGAAGCCUGACCCUUGUUCUAUGAGUGUUACGAGUUCUAUAGACGGUAGUGUUGUAGGGUUGGCACAUCGUGGUUUUUGAGGGUACUUAUAGAUUUUUAUUUAUUUGAAAAAUUAUAUGAGAAAUAAUUUAAUUUUUUAAUAAUGAGAGUAGUUCUGGGUUUAAAAAUUUUAUAAUUAUACGAGAAAAAAUUCCGUUGAGCGGUUUUUUUAGAUUUAUUACAAAUUGAGAGUAUUAAAGGAAAAUAUAUCUCACGUAAAUAAAUGCAAAUUUUACGUUCGUCAAAGUGUUGAGAAUCAUUCUGUAGCCCCAAAUUAAUUUCUUUUUCUCUAAAGAGUCAUAUAAAUAAUUGCUUGUCCAGUAAUUGGACGUAAAAGAGAUAGAAGAUGUGAUCAGUAAAUAUUGCCUUAAUUGAAACAUAUUUUGUCUUAUUCACUUUUUGUCUAUUUGAGUUAUCUCGUAAAAAAAUUCAUUUAGAAAUGAAAAACUUUUUUUUUUGAGUCUCCCCGUGACCACGCUCGCUGUUGUGUUCGAAACGUCGGGUUAAUAAUAUAAUGAAUAAAUCGCGUUAAAAUCCGUUAAAAAGUUUUUAAUUUCUAAAUGUAUAAUACUCGCGUAAAAUCAAACGCAAGAAAGUACUAUAUUCCAUUUAUUUCAUUUUUCAUUUCCGUUAUUCACAAAAUGUAGAUAAUAAGAUUUAUCAUAUUUAAUUUCUAUUGCAGAUUAUAUAAAUAUCUUUUCCAUAACUAUUCUAUAUAAGUAGAGGUUUUAACCGCGAUGUGCCAAUAGUUUCUCCAUCACUUAUAAGAGUAAUAAAAAUUGUUACAUAUGAUAAGUACUACACUACUUUUAGGAUUAUGAAAUCUGUGCUGAUUGUAAAAAAAAAAUAUUAUGUUUUUUUUCUUAAAUUCGUUAUCGGUAGACGUAGAGAAUCAAAAUUGACUUUAAAAUCGUUUGUUUGACAGAACACCUUUACAUACUAAUCAAUUAUUUAGAAAAUUAAUUUUAAUGAAAACAUUGGUUAUUUUAAGAUGUUGUCAUCAUGUCAUCUAUAAAUACUUCUUUAUGGAAAAUAGUUUUAACUAACUUAUACUUAACUUAUAUUUACAAAAGAAAAUGUUGAUCUUGAUUAUUGAUAAUUAAGACGAAUUUGAGAUACAUCAGAAACGGUCUAGGCGUUUAUGAGUUAUGGUGGAAUGAAGAAACUCUAGAAUGGACCCUAAUGUAUGUUAUACGUGAACUGUCUGAAUUUAACAUAAUUAAAAAGAAGCAAAUGGCAUAUAGAAAAUUUUAAAUAACCUCCUAUUUACAUUUGUAAAAAUUAAAGUAAUUGUUGAUAUCAAGUUACGGUAACUACUUAAUGAAUUAGUAAAAUUUAAAAAUGAUUGUUUUUCAACAAUUUAUGGUAUCAUAAAUUACGUCGUCGUAAAUAAUUCCUAAUAAAAUAAAAGUACUUUAAUUAACAAUUGAUACAUAAAUAAUUACACACACCCGUUAAAAGAUAUUAAAAAAAUCUAAUAAACUACCUACUCAGACAAGGAAUUACGUAAAAUAUUUAACACAUAAUAUUAUAAACUUUAUUCGCCAUCAUUACCAUAAUAAACAAUCGCCAAGCAAUAUUUUGUAUUGAAAUUAUGUAAAAAAGCAGUUCUAUGAGAUUCACGGUUUUGAAUCGGUUUUUUAGGGUGUAUUUAUAUCCCCACUAUAUAGUUUCAUGUACAGAUAACUAAAUACACUUAUGAAAUAUAGAUUAAGAAUCGUUAAAAUAGAUAGACUGAAAAAAAUCAAUUUUAAAUCUUAAUUUAUUGUAUUUAGAAAUAGCUCGAAAAUAAUUGAAGAAAUAACCUCGAAAUAUUCGGCUGUGUUCCUUAGGAAUCGUCAUUUCUUAUAUAUACAUGAGGUUGACUUCGGGAUAAAUAGAUAAUAAAUAAUCAUAAAUAUUCAGUGGACGUGUUGUUUCUAUAUUUUUUUAAUCUCAACACUAUUAUAAUUUGCUCAGUUCAUGCGAGAAAGGCACAAGACAGAAACUUUGACAUUUAAAUUUAAAAAAGAAGGUAUUUUAUUUAAUUAUGAAAAGAAACUUGAAGUAAUAUUUUAUUUUAUUUUAUGGCAACACUAAAAGUGUAUCUGUGGUUGGGUUGACAGCUGCUGUUAUGUUUUUUUUCUGUAAAUACACGUAUAAAUAACAAAAAGUAAGGCUAAACUCUGUUUGUUUUGUAUUAUGAAUAAUUGGGUAUUAAUUGUAUCCGAGAAAUUUAUAAGACCAUAACACUCGAGAACGACUCGACCAAUUCGGAUAAAAUAAACGUUUUUGUUAAGGCACAAGAAAGGUUCUUAUGGAGAGAAAAUAUAUACCACGGAAACCGGGACGGACCGCUAGUUCUUAAUAUAAAACAAACAUGUAUCGAGAUUUAUCGACUGUAUGUACAGCUGUUGAUUUGUUAGCGCAAAAUUUAAAGUUUUUUUAUGAGUUUACACUAAGUAAAUAAACAAUUAUAGGAAAUAUGUUUGAAUAUAACAUUCAAAUUAUGAUUAAAUAUAAAGAACACCAUUAUGUAAUAUUAUAUGAUAAACACACACAAAAUGUACAGCAUAUACUAAAUACAUAACGUGUCUAUGACCAUUAAGAGUCCAUGGUUUAUAUUAUAUGGAAAAUAUAUGCAUCUCUAUCAAAAGCGAAAGUCUAUAACCGACAAUAAGUUUUUAUCACGGAUGUAUAAUGUAUAUUUUCUAUAAAUUAUAACUUUUGUAAGUGCGAAAUGAAUUAAAUAAACUAAAAAUAUAUUAGAAUUAUAGUAAUCGAGAUAUUCCAAUUUUUGCAUCAUACUACCAUUCUCUGUUAUCUAUGUUUAUAUAUUGUAUCUAUCAUAUUAUAGUGUAGAUUAAAAUAUCCGAUUUAUUAUUGUGUCGAGUAUUGCCAGUAUCUUAUCACAUCCUUAUUUUUAAAUUACGUAUGUUAUUUUGACUAGUCCUUAAUUAAGUGUCGAAAUGUUUUAUUUUAUAAACUGAUUUUGACGACUGGCAACAGUUUUGACUCAUUCAUGUUUUGUAUAAAAGGGAAAAUGAAAAAAAAAAUGCUUUUGUAUACUAGUAUGGUUAUUUAUUCAUAAGUAAAACUUCUUUAACUGAG